UAAUUUUAAAGAGGGUAUCAAAACCUUGAUGAUUCAUUUUCAACUUCUUCAUCUAUUCUAGCGAGCUCUCUCAAACCAAACCAAAAAACGACAGUGACCAACUGACCAUACAUAUCCCAAACGACACUCGAAAACAAGAAUGAUAAACCAAGAACGACAACAAGGAGGAGGAGCACCGCACGGCAUACUACUGGCGGUGGUGGUGGUGGUGGUGAUAGUUGUGCCAUUCCUAGUCGGCGACCACGGCGAGGCACUGACGGAGGCCAUCUCCGAGCUCCUAAGCCCUCUCGGCCUCCUCCUCCUCCCCAUAAUCCUCCUUCUCACGAUCCAGUUCCUCUCCUCCGACCGCGGAUCCUUCGUCAACUCCAUUUUCUCAACCGGCGAACCCGAUUCGAUCCACCGCGUCAGCGGCUCACCAGUUGGCGUCGCCUUGUUUCUCGUCAUCAUUCUCUUCCUUCUUUACAAUCGCAUCUCCUUAUUCGGCGGCGACGAUGAUUCCGGCGACUAAAACGGUAUAAAUGGUGAUUUUCACGCCGGUGAGUGAUUGACAUUGUAAUUAACGCGUAAACCCAAGGUUAGAAAUGGAAUUUUCUGUAUCAAGUUAUUGUACUUAAUCGACUUGGGUUGGGCCCGGGAGUGAUGAACUUUAAAUAAUUUUAAAGUUUAAUUCCAUAAAUAGCCUCGGACUUUGCUUUCUUUGUUGACUGAGGAGAAAGAGGAGAAGGAGCCAUUGUCGGUGCAUGUAGCCGGAGCAGCCAAUGAUGGCGGUGGCGGUGGUGGUGGACCGGUGGCUCUUCCCACUUUUAUAAUUGUCGUUUUCUUUUUAUUUUUUUAAAUUUAAAUUUCCACAUUUUCUGCUUUUUAAUCACGCUUGCACGUGCUGUUCCAUGCA